AUGCCAAAGCCCAUUUCACUUGUUGCAGCCUGCUGCCGUUCUCACGGAAUAGGCAAGAAUGGCGACCUUCCGUGGCGUCUGAAGAAGGAGAUGGAGUUCUUCUCGCGAAUCACCUCAACAGUGUCCACUCCCUUGGCCGAAGCAGGCGAUGAUCAGGUGAAGAAGAACGCUGUCAUCAUGGGCAUCACUACGUACAUGUGCAUUCCACCGCGCUUCCGCCCUCUGAAGGACCGCGUCAAUGUGGUGCUCAGUCGAACGGCUAGAGAAACGCCCGCUGGAGCUUCUUACAUGUUCCGAAGUCUGUCGGAGGCCGUCGAGACGCUGUCUACACUGCCGGAGAUUGACCAACUCUUUGUGAUCGGCGGCGAAUCGGUGUACCGUGAGUCGGUCACCCGUCCCGAUGCUGAGUUUAUCUUCCUCACUCGAAUUGACGCCGACAUUGACUGCGACCGCUUCUUCCCAGAGGUGGACAUGUCAGUGUACGAAGACUUGACCGAUGACUCGGUUACAGCACCUGACAAGGAGGAAAUUCUUAAACGCUUUGACAUUCCAGAGGGAGUUCAGACUGAAAAUGGACUCUCAUACAAGUUUCACUUGUACCGAAGAAUCCCUGGCAAAUAA